AUUGUUAAGGGAGGAUUUGUGAUUUUCGUAAUUCGGACCCUUUUGGCUUUUCUUAAUUCUUCUCCGCCUUCUUGCUCUCCUCUUCUGUGUGUUGAAUAUUUAUUUUUCUUUAAUUUAUUUUUUGAUUCUACAUACAGAUUAUUCUUUACCUCUGGAAUCUUUAACUCUAGCUAGGGCUUAAUGACACUAAGUAGAGGCGAGGCCAUGGGCGACUCUUCUGCAGCUGCUUCUUAUAUCCACACGGUCCACCAUCUGAUAGAAGAGUGUAUCCUAUUUAACAUGAGCAAAGAAGAGUGCAUGGAAGCUCUUUCCAAGCAUGCCAACAUCAAACCUGUGAUCACUUCCACAGUAUGGAAGGAGUUGGAGAAAGAGAACAAGGAGUUCUUCGAGGGAUACACGAAGAGGAGGGAGGACAGAGCGACAGCUGAAUGGGCGAGGAACGGCACAAGAUCCAAUGCAUGAUUCACGAUUAAUAAUUCUUCCAAGCAUAGAUAUAGUUCCACUAGCAGCCAACUGGUUCAUUCUGUAAUUUGUAUGGAAUUUUAUGGGUAUUUAAAAACCUUAACUUAAUCGUAGCUGUGUUAUGAAAUUAACGAAUGUCUGUACUGUUAUAAAUUUGUAUUUUUAAUUAUUAAAAACUCUAUUUUCUUAAUUUA